UCCACCCAUGAGACAAGACAUAAGAUUGAAGACAUCCAAAACUUCUUUACCACGGAGAAAAGACAAGACUAUAUUCAGAUUUCCCAAAAUUCUCUUCUAAGAAAUAAGAUUCCCUGUACAGAAUGAUUCCUUUACUUCCGACUUGACUCGAUACCCAAGAUCAACAAUUUCAGACUCAGACAAAUCUUUCUAAGAGCCCUUUUCCUUUUAAUUUGCAGACCUAUCACGAAGAUUAACUAUUGUGGACCAAUCUCAGAUGCCAACCCUUUUAUAUUAUCUUAUUAAGUCGACAUUGUUCAGUCCCCAGAUUUCUCUAUUACUUUAACUCAAGAGACAAUUUCCUUAUAUUUUAAGAGCCAAUUCAAUGAGAAUAUUUCUUUUAUCAACUAGCUUUUGGAGCCUUACUUAUAGAACAAAUCGAAUUCAUUUUAAGGAACUAGAAGACAGACAGAGACAGACAGAGCUUCGACAGACAUUAUAUUAAUAAUGCAGAUGCUUUUUGUUAUUUAAGUGCUUGUGUUGACUACUCGAGAAUCCCUAUUUAUUCUAGAAUAAUGAUUUGAAGUGCCAUCCUUUAUUUCCUGAAGACCCCAAUAAGACCCUGUUUUCUAAUAUAAAAUUCUAAACUAUCCCUUUGACGAAAAGACCCUUUAAAUCUGUUUUAAGAUCACUAUUUUUGAUUUGAUGAUGCUUUUUUGGAAUAAUGAAUUCC